CGCUGCCGCAGCCAAGUUCAAGGUUCAAACUCCACCCGGGCUCCCGGCGCAGUGGCAGCGGCGCGGAGGAGGCCGGGGGGCCCCGCAGCCCCCCGCGAGCCGCCGGCUCUCUCCUCGCUGCCGGCCCCCCCGGGGGCACCGGCCGGCGCGUGGCCGUCCCCGCAGCCCCGGCCAUGUCCGUGUCCAGCCCCUCGGACCCGGAGAGCAGCCUGGGCGGCAGUCCGUGCGCGCGGGGCCGCCGGGCCGCCGAGAGGGAGGACGCGGAGCCCGACGAGGAGAAGAUCUGCGCCGUGUGCGGGGACCGCGCCACCGGCUACCACUUCCACGUCAUGACCUGCGAGGGCUGCAAAGGCUUCUUCAGGCGGUCCAUCAACAAGGGCGUCCACUUCACCUGCCCCUUCGCCCGGAGCUGUCCCGUCACCAAGGCCAAGCGGAGGCAGUGCCAGGCCUGCCGCCUCCAGAAGUGCCUCGACGUGGGCAUGAGGAAGGACAUGAUCAUGUCGGAGGAGGCUCUGCGGACGCGGCGAGCGCUGCGGCGGCAGCGGCGGCUGGCGCGGGAGGCGGUGGAGCAGCCCGGGGGGCUCACGGCGGAGCAGCAGGAGCUCAUCAGCAUCCUCAUCACGGCCCACAAGAGAAACUUCGACUCCAGCUUCUCCCAGUUCGUGCACUACCGGCCCGCCGUGCGGCUCUACAUCCACAGCCCGCGGCCCCGCAGCCCGCCGGAACCCGCCGGCCUCUCCUUGUCGGCAGUGGCGUCCCCCGAGCCGGACUGCCUGCCCGAGGAUGUGCUGCCCGACGUCUUCUCCAUGCUGCCCCACUUCGCCGACCUCAGCACCUUCAUGAUCCAGCAGGUCAUCAAAUUCGCCAAGGAGAUCCCAGCCUUCAGGAGCUUGCCAAUCGACGACCAGAUCUCGCUGCUCAAAGGCGCCACUUUGGAGAUCUGCCAGAUCCAGUUCAACACGGUCUUCAACGAGGAGACCAACGCCUGGGAGUGCGGGCAGCACUGCUACACCAUCCAGGACGGGGCCCUGGCUGGGUUUCAGCAGAUCUACCUGGAGCCGCUGCUCAAGUUCCACAUCAGCCUGAAGAAGCUGCGGCUGCACGAGGCUGAGUACGUCCUGCUCCAGGCCAUCCUCCUCUUCUCACCAGACCACGCGGGCAUCUCUCAGCGGGAGUUCAUCGACCAGCUCCAGGAGAAGGUGGCCCUCACGCUCAAGAGCUACAUCGACCACCAGCACCCCAUGCCCGAGGGCAGGUUCCUCUACGCCAAGCUGCUGCUGCUGCUGACGGAGCUGCAGACGCUGAAGGUGGAGAACACGCGGCAGAUCCUGCACAUCCAGGACUUGUCCACCAUGACGCCGCUGCUCUCCGAAAUCAUCAGCUAGAGCCCCCGCCGCCAGCCUCCGCGCCAAAGCCCUGCUGCACGUCGAGCCCCGGCCCCCGCAGUGGACCGGUGGCACCAGCCUUCUCCCCCCCUUCCAGCCGGGCACCGGCACCGCUUCCCGCUCAGCGCCAGCCAAACCUGGCCGUGCCCACGGGGCCGGUGCCCCCCCGGUACCAGCGCACUUUACAGGGUGGAGUAAAGCUCCUUUAUUUUUCCAGGC